AUGUCAGGGAUAUUUACACUAGAUAUAAGGUGUAUGUGUGUGAUUAAGGCUGUAAAAUGUGUUUCAGGUUGUAGCUUCCAAAGUGGUACAUCUUAUAUCUCCAAAUUCAACUAUCUUCUGAAGAGGAUAUAUGACAUUGCCAGUUUCAUAAAGAAAGUUGGAAGAAAGGAGCUAUCAAUCCAGAUACAGUUUGAUACAAUAUUAAAGUGCUAAUUUGAACGGACAUUGUCUGCGAUAGCAUACAUCAUACCAGGCACAGAGAGUGUGAAUGGCACAUAGCCACAGCCAUGUGGAAAAGUGUGGGGAAGAAGAAGCUUGCAAGAAAGAGCACUGGUGGCACCCUUCUCCGAAUUCUGCAUUUCUGAUGGAAACCAGUGUUCUUACUGCCUUCAAAAUGUUCAGACUCGGAUCGUUGAAGCUGCAAAGAGUCUCAAGCCCAGCCGAAGUCAUUAGCAAGCUGAUCAGCUAUUGCCUAGACUGCAUUGCAGGACUACAUGCUAAAAACAAUCACCUGCAACGAGAGAAUAAGAUACUUCUAAGUGAUCUGACUGAUCUUCAGGGGAAGUUACAAAAAUGUGUUGAAGCUAAAGAAGAAUUAGAGACUGAUCUAUAUACAAGGUUUAUCCUGGUCCUAAAUGAAAAGAAAACAAAGAUAAGAAACCUACAGAAAUGUUUAAAGGAAGCUGAAGAAACUGUAGUGGAAGACACACAAGCAAGGGUUAGUGUGGCUGCACAAGAAAGUAAAGUUGAAAGAGAAGUUUAUGAAGGCAGUACUGAUGAGGAAAGUGAAAAUUUGGCAGAGCCUUCCACAUCAUCACCAGUUAAACCCAGAAGAGACUCAUUUCUUAGCAGUCCAGAUAUUACUGAUGUUGCUCCCAGCAGAAAGCGAAGACAACGUGUACGAAAUAUUGCAAAUACAGAACCAAAGGUGGCAUUGUAUGAGGCUCAAAAUUCAUCCAAGGAAAAUGCCUUCAAGUCAUUUCCGACUUAUGGCGACCCUAAGGUGAACUUAUCAUGGAGUUUUCUUGGCGAGAUUUAUUCAAAGGAGGUUUGCCAUUGUCUUCCCCUGAAGUUGAAAGCAUGUUACAUGCCCAAGAUCACCCAGUGAAUGUCAUGGCAGAGUUAGGAAUCAAACCUGCUCUCCAGAGUCAUAGUCUAGCACUCAAAACACUACACUAGACUGGCUCUCUGUUGUCUCUUGUCUUUUUGUCAGUGGUAGUAGGGAAAGUAGAUGUUAUGUGUAAGAGCAGAAAUAUUGUUAUUAAUUCUUCUAAUAAUUUAUACAGUUUUAAAUAAUAAAGAAAGGUAUGCAUCUCAAUACGAUUGUGCAUUUUAUUGGUUCAAUUAUCAGACAAAAUUUACCAAACAUGAAUAGUCUUGUUUUCUAUACUUGUUUCUUCUUUUUGUCAGUGGUAGUAGGGAAAGUAAUAAUAAUCAAUAAUUUUGAUUUUACUGUUGACUAUUUUAAUAGUAAGAAUACAGGUAUUUGCAUUGCACAACAGCACUUAUAAUUUUUAUCAGAUCAGUGGUUGGCUUAAUGUUAGCUUCAGCCAAAUGUUUUUCAGAUUUCCUUGUUGCUUAUGCAGUUGAUAAUACUUUGGAUGUAUCUGAUGAUCAUUGUUUCUCCCCAAUGUUUUAUUAAUGUCA